GCAAGACUAACUGGGUGCUGUUCCCUCCCGGGCUGACCUCCGAGUCUCCGCUAUGGACAGCGAGAGUGAAGUGGAUUUUUCUAGCAACAGCUUGACCCCUUUGUGGCGGAGGCGGUCAACUCCUCAGCCUCAGUUGCUGGGCCGGAGCAAGCCGAGGCCCCAGUCCUACCAGAGCCCCAGCGGGUUGCUGAUCACGGAUUUCCCAGUGGAAGACCGAGGGACGCUCCCCACUGUGCAGACUCCCACCCAGGUACCCACCGCUUCUGAGGGCAAGACCGUCCAGGGGAACCCCCUGCUUCUGUGUGCCCAUAGGAGGGUGGUGACCAAUGGGAGGACGAUCUCCCCGGAAUAUAGAGCUGUCUCUCCUCGGCUCCGACGGCCCAAGUCUCCCCAGGCGCCCAAAGCGGUGUUAGGGGGCUCCCCGAAAUCCCCAGCGAAUGGCACUGUGAUGUCCCCCCUACCGCAGCCUCUGCGCCCGCAGCGGACUCCCAACUCGCUCGCCUGCUGCAGCCGGGAGGUAGACCUGACCGGACUGACCACCAGUCCCCUGUCUUCACCCGCUGCAAAUGGGCUUUUUCCUAAAAUCGACUCCGCAGGCUCUGGUUCGCGAUCUGGCCAGACGACUAAGGACCCUGAGCCGGGACCCUCGAAACUCUCUCCUGCGCCCCAGAAAAGGUCUUUGGAGCACAAACUCCCCCUCCAAAGGCUGCCCUCACAGGAGAACGAGCUGCCAGAGAAUCCUUCAGUGGUUUUGAGCACAAACAGCCCCGCCGCCCUCAAAGUGGGGAAGCAGCAAAUCAUUCCGAAGAGCCUGGCCUCGGAAAUUAAAAUAAGUAAAUCCAACAGUCAGAAUGUGGAGCCCCACAGGAGACUCCUCAAGGUGCGCAGCAUGGUGGAGGGCCUCGGAGCGUCUCUGGGCCCCCCAGAGGAUGAGGGUGAGGCUGAGAACGACGUGGACAGCCCAGGGUCUCUGCGGAGAGGCUUGCGAUCCACGUCCUAUCGCAGGGCGGUGGUCAGUGGCUUUGAUUUUGACAGUCCUACCACUUCAAAGAAGAAGAACAGAAUGUCCCAGCCCGUUCUGAAAGCGGUGAUGGAAGACAAGGAGAAGUUUUCCAGUCUGGGAAGGAUGAAGAAAAAAAUGCUGAAAGGACAAGGAACAUUUGAUGGGGAAGAAAAUGCUGUCCUGUAUCAGAACUACAAAGAAAAGGCUCUUGAUAUUGACUCUGAUGAAGAGUCGGAGCCCAAAGAACAGAAGUCAGAUGAAAAAAUUGUGAUUCACCACAAGCCACUGAGGUCCACAUGGAGCCAGCUCUCUGCGGUGAAAAGAAAUGGAUUAUCACAGACAGUUAGCCAGGAGGAGAGAAAGAGACAGGAGGCUAUCUUUGAAGUCAUAUCCUCUGAACAUUCCUAUUUACUCAGUUUGGAGAUCUUGAUACGAAUGUUUAAAAAUUCUAAAGAACUGAGUGAUACAAUGACCAAAACAGAGAGUCACCAUCUUUUCUCCAACAUUACAGAUGUCUGUGAGGCAAGCAAAAAAUUCUUUACAGAGUUGGAAGCAAGACAUCAGAAUAAUAUCUUCAUAGAUGAUAUAAGUGACAUUGUGGAAAAGCACACAGCGUCCACCUUUGACCCGUAUGUGAAAUACUGCACAAAUGAAGUCUACCAACAACGCACACUACAGAAAUUGUUAGCCACCAACCCAUCUUUUAAGGAAGUACUAUCACGAAUUGAGUCCCAUGAAGACUGUAGGAACUUACCCAUGAUCUCCUUCCUCAUUCUCCCCAUGCAGAGGGUGACUCGCCUGCCCCUGCUAAUGGACACUAUCUGUCAGAAAACACCGAAGGACUCUCCGAAGUAUGAGGUCUGCAAGAGAGCGCUAAAGGAAGUGAGCAAGUUGGUUCGACUAUGCAAUGAAGGAGCUCGGAAGAUGGAAAGGACUGAAAUGAUGUACACCAUUAAUUCCCAGUUGGAAUUUAAAAUUAAGCCUUUUCCUCUAGUCUCCUCUUCCCGGUGGUUGGUAAAAAGAGGCGAGUUGACAGCUUAUGUGGAAGACACCGUGCUUUUCUCAAGAAGGACAUCUAAACAGCAAGUCUACUUCUUUCUCUUUAACGACGUGCUCAUUAUCACCAAGAAGAAGAGUGAAGAAAGUUACAAUGUCAAUGAUUAUUCCUUAAGAGAUCAGCUAUUGGUGGAAUCUUGUGACAACGAAGAGCUUAAUUCUUCUCCAGGGAAGAACAGUGCCACAAUGCUUUAUUCAAGACAGAGCUCUGCCAGCCACCUCUUCACUCUGACAGUCCUCAGUAACCACGCGAGUGAGAAAGUGGAGAUGCUGCUCGGGGCUGAGACGCAGAGUGAACGGGCCCGCUGGAUAACUGCCCUGGGACACAGCAGCGGGAAGCAACCUCUGGACCGAACCUCACUGACCCAGGUGGAAAUCAUUAGAUCGUUCACUGCCAAGCAGCCAGAUGAACUGUCCCUGCAGGUGGCGGACGUGGUUCUCAUCUAUCAGCGGGUCAGCGAUGGCUGGUAUGAGGGGGAACGGCUGCGAGACGGAGAGAGGGGCUGGUUUCCUAUGGAAUGUGCCAAGGAGAUAACCUGUCAGGCUACAAUUGACAAGAACGUGGAGAGAAUGGGACGCUUGCUAGGACUGGAAACCAACGUGUAG